AUGGAGGAAGACGAUUCCUUCCCUUCUUCGGAUGGUGAGGCUUUUGAAGACAAAAGCUAUAAUGAAGAAGAGCAGAACAUAGGAGGAAAAUACUCUACGAAGAAGGAAAGCCAAAGGCCGGAAAUCAAUAUAGAAAAGGUAAACGGUAUUUUUAACAUUAUUAUAAAUGAAGCUAGAUUGAAAAACCUAAGACACACAUGGUGUGAUACUUUAAGAGUUAAGCUACUAGGUAGGAAAAUAUCACUACCAGUGUUGAGCAGGAGAUUGGAAGUAAUGUGGGAAAAACAGGGUAGUAUUGAAGUCAUUGAUAUAGGUAAUGACUAUUUUAUAGUAAGGUUCUAUUCCCAGAAAGACCUAGAUUUCGCUCUGACGGGAGGACCUUGGAGGAUUUUUUAUCAUUACCUUGCUAUCUCUUUUUGGAAGCCAAAUUUCAAUCCUAUGGAGGCUAUCAUAGAUCAUAUUGCUGCGUGGGUUAGACUUCCUCGACUAGCCAUUGAAUACUAUGAAGAAGAGAUGUUGAAUAAAAUUGGUAAUAUUCUGGGAAGAAAUUUAAAAGUGGACUCAAACACCGCAGACAAAUGCAGAGGCAAGUUUGCUAGAUUAUGUGUGGAGCUGGAUUUAACAGAGUCUUUAGUGUCCCAAUACUCCAUUAAUAGAGUGAGAUACAUAGUAGAGUAUGAAGAGAUUUAUAAUAUCUGUUUUUCGUGUGGAAUGGUGGGACAUGAAAAAUCAAAUUGUCCGAAAAUAAUAGCACAAAGUAAAGUGCAACAAGGUGAAGACAUUGGGGAGAAGGGCGGUGAUGAAAACGGAGGGGCUCAGCAGAAGACGAAGGGGCAACAAGAAAAUGAUAGUAAUGAAAUUUUCAUAAAAGACAAGGGCAAGAAAGUAAUAGAAGAGGAAAAAAUGGAUACGGACCAUGGAUGA